AUGAUUGAAAUUACAUGCAACGACCGGCUUGGCAAGAAAGUGCGCAUCAAAUGCAACCCUGAUGACACUAUUGGUGACUUAAAAAAACUGAUUGCCGCUCAGACGGGAACUCACUGGGAGAAGAUUGUCCUUAAGAAGUGGUACACCAUCUACAAGGAUCACAUCACCCUGGAGGACUACGAAAUUCACGACGGAAUGAACCUGGAACUGUACUACCAGUAA